GCCGCCGGGGUCCGCACCCGCCCCUCACUCGUUCCGGGACGGCGGGGGCGAUCGGCGUAGGGCGGGCGCCGCGCACUGCCGGUAUGGGGCCGUCGCCACGGUCCCGGCUGCUGCUGCUGGCGCUGGGGUGCUUGGCGCUGCUCCUGCCGCCGCCCGGCACCGCCGAGUUCAGCCCCUCCCUGGAUAGCGACUUCACCUUCACGCUUCCCGCCGGCCGCAAGGAGUGCUUCUAUCAGCCCAUGCGCAAGGAGGCCUCGCUGGAGCUCGAGUACCAGGUUCUAGAUGGAGCAGGAUUAGACAUUGAUUUUCAUCUGCUGUCUCCAAAAGGUGAAACUCUAGUUUUUGAUGAAAGAAAAUCAGAUGGAGUUCAUACGGUGGAAACAGAAGAUGGGGAUUAUAUGUUCUGCUUUGACAACACAUUCAGUACCAUUUCUGAAAAGGUGAUUUUCUUUGAACUGAUCCUGGACAAUAUGGGAGAAGAUGGAGAAGAUCAGGAAGAUUGGAAGAAGUAUGUUACAGGCACAGAUCUCCUAGAUAUGAAACUGGAAGACAUCCUGGAAUCCAUCAACAGUGUCAAAGCCAGAUUAAGCAAAAGUGUCCAAAUUCAGACCCUGCUCAGAGCAUUUGAGGCUCGUGACCGAAAUAUACAAGAGAGCAACUUUGACAGAGUGAAUUUCUGGUCCAUGGUCAACUUGGGAGUGAUGGUGGUGGUAUCAGCUGUUCAGGUUUACAUGUUGAAAAGUCUCUUUGAAGAUAAGAGGAAAAGUAGAACUUAAUAUUCAGUAUGAAUGUAACAGUGUAACAGGUAACGGGGAAGAGUGGGAGCAAUAAGCUACUACAGUGAAGAAGAAAAAAAAAAAAAGAAAACCAUGACAUUUCAGAGUCUUUUGAACAGGCAGUAGACUCCAGUUUUUGACUUCGUGGGCUUUUUGGUUGUUUUUGUGGUGGGGGUGGUCUUGUUUGGUUUUUUCUUGAUGUAAACAAAACACCUUGCCCCAAGCUCUUCCACUUUUUGCAAGUGCUACUAAAAAUACUUCUUUUGUACAUGUAGCAUUUGUUAGUUUUUGUUAGUAACUAACUUAUAAAUAGCAGAGAGGAUGCUUGGUGCAUAUGGAAAGUCAUCUUAAUACUGUCAUUUUUUCAUGUUCACAUAAAACUUUAAAUGGUAGCUUAGACAUGGGUUUAUUAUUUGCUGUUAAACAUUGCGUGAAUUUACAUAUGUGCCUAAGUGUUUACAGGAUUGGGGCCCCAAGGGGUGGUCUGUAAUUACUGUCAUUUAUUUUUUGAAAGUUACAUGUUUGUAAAAAUUUUCAGCACUGGGGUAACGUGAGAAAAAUGCGUAAGAACUGUUUUUAUAGACAGAUGACUAACAUCAGUACUUUAAAAAAGCACCAAUAUGAUAUUGAGUCAGUGUUGAAAAGAAUUGGAGAAAAGAGGUGCAAUUCCUGUUCAUAAAUCUUUGUCCUGUAGUUGUACAACCCUGUUUUUCUAUUUGGCUGUUACAUGGGAUUCAAGUGACUACAUGGUAUACAAACACAUGCACACACACCUUUAAGUAUGGUUUGUCAGCUCUUAGUUAUUGUUACCUCAGAUAAUAGAAUAUUUUCAAGAAGUCAUUUCUCAUAUUGUUCUGUCCUUUAAUAAGGGGGCUAGGGGGUAUCUUAGAAUCUGAAAAUCUUACUCUAACAUUAAUUUUGUAAAAUCCAUGUUAUUUGCCAAUUUAUUUUGUAUUAGUUUUUGUCUACUACAGCUAGCAGUUUCCUAUAACUAGGUGAUUUACAUAAGCAUGAAAACCCAAAGCUCUUCACCUAAACUUUCCCAUUCUGCUCACCCUCACAACUUAAUUGUACAACUACACCCAGUUCAUAUGAAUAGCUAGAUACAGAAACACUGCUCAUAUGAGUAAGCUAUGAAUGACAUAUGCAGUAAUACAGGCCUCAGAUUUAGGAUCAACUAUGUAAUAAUCAUUUAACCAAGGCAAACCUAUCCUCAGUUCAAUAAUAUAUAAUUUCUAGAUGAAGUAGUUGUUAAUGUAGUAAUGAUAUUGAGAACUCUUGACAAAACCCCUGGUGUGUGAGAAGUAAUUUUUUUAUUUAAUAGUUUAAAGUUAAUAAUUUUUACCAUGUGCCAAGUCACUGAAGUUUCUUGUAUAAAUGUGUUAAACUCCAUUUCACCACAGAAGUGUUUUUAAAAAACACUUUAAAAACACUUUUAAAAAAAGUGUUUUUCAAAAAGUGCAUGUAUUGGUGUUGUGCCUGUUGUUGCAUCACCUGGGUGCACAGAAUUACAAUUUUGAGACUUUGUUAUCAAAAAUUACUUUAUGGAGAUAAAACAGGGUCAAGUAGGUUCAUGAAGAAACAUUUAGUUCAAGUAAAGCAGAUGCUAGCAAGGGCUACAGUACAUAGAAACAGCACUUCAACUUCAGCCAGUGGGACCUAGCAAUAAUAUUUCUAAAUAGUUUUUAUAAUAAAAAGAUGUAUUCUUUACAGAAGUUGUUAUAAAGAGCCCCAAAGGCUGUUGAGCUUCUUUUUCUUUCUGCAAAAUAACGUUGUUUCCAUUUAGGGUUCUGCAUAUGUUUUUUCCACAUGAUGCUUUCUAUUGUGAAUUACCUGGAAUUAGAAGGCUUAUUAUAGACAUCAGGACAAAGUCUAGGAAAAGUUCAUCUUUCUGCUAGUGGUAAAUAUUUUUCUGCUAUUUCCCUGUGUAUCUCCCAGAACCAGUAUACCAUCAGUCUACAUCACGGCGUAAGCCAAAGCUCAGUGAAGUCAACUUCCAAGGAAUUUAUCAGGUCCCUUCAGGACAGGCAAAAGAGAUUCUUAGGUCUCUGCCCCUUUAGCUAGAAGAGGAGAUUUAUCUUUGCUUGCAUCACCAUGGGUGUUAUAUUACAAACCAUCUGCAAAAUGUUGAAUCAGCUCUGUAAAGCUGUGACUAAGACAUCUACCUCUUACAAAGCUACUAGAUUCUAGAUUUCCAACUAGACCUCCAGAGAUGAGCUCUGCCAGGUUUUCCAAGGGCACCUCAAGGGAUUAAGUAGGUUCUCCAGCUGCUCUGCUGUGCCUCUGACAGUGGUUACACAUCCAUUGGCAAAACAGGGGUGUAUUAGCUUAAGCUGCUAAUGAAUACAGACCUGAUCUCUGAUCAGAUGCAAGACUGAACAGCAGUUUCUCCAGUUACACAUCCCAGCCUCUGGUAGAGGGAAAGUAACACAAUUGUCAGCAGAGUUUAUCUGGAAGAAAUUUCUGUUGUGCAGCUAAGAGCUCUGACUGAAUUUUCUCCCUAUAUUAGGUUCAUCAUAGAAAAUGAAUCAGGGAAUAACUAAAGAUAACUGCUUUGACUUGGGCAGCUGGAAUAUGUUUUUUCAUAGGUAUGGAUUUGGCAUGUAAAUUUGCAGCUAAAUAAAGUUUCAUUUUUGAAGACUAGAUUGCUUUUGAUUGUAUAAAACAAACCAAGGAGAAUAUAAAUCUAAACUUUUUUCUUAAAAGGACUUUUUAUUCAGAUUUAGAUGCUUUAGGACUUGCAGAUGCUGAAUUAUGCAAAACAGAGAUGAAAUUUCAAUAAAUUAAGUUUAAAUCCAUGUGCUCUUUGUUUUAUAAUAAAAGCAUGCUUUACCUAUGAAUGCUGCAAAAGGAUGCUAAGAUAAGAACUCUGUAGAAAUGCAGCUUUUUUAUUUCUUCCUCAAGCAGUUUUCAAGUUCUCACCUUAUUUACUGUAACCCAGGAUUGACUUUAUCAAUGCAAGUAAGAUUGACAUAGGUGUCAGAUCAGAACUGCAGCAACCUCUGAUCUUUGUAACAUUUAUUUUUCAAGUUAUCACAUGCUUGUCAGAUAGGAGCCUUGUUUUUUUUCCUAUUAUUUGUACCUUAAUUAAUACUUAGAUUCAUCAUUGCCCCUGCAGUUUAUUACAGCACCCACACUGCAUAGCUUCCAGGUAUACAGACAGUAAGGUUAUGAGCAAUUCCAGGAAGAAUUGCAGGGCCUGCCUUGUGCAAAGUUAUAGUAGAGGUCAGGAAUACUGAGACCAGAAAAGUCCUGUGUUUAAAACAAGAGAUAGCAAGACCCUCAGGCCAGUCAAGGUAUUACAUCAGCAUCUGUGACGUGGGGCAACUAUUUGUCUAGUUGAGUGUUACUGGAUAAAGUCCCAAGUUUCUCACCUCAAAAAAAGCAUGAGGAAAUACCCCAAGGAACAGAUUUAGUAAUUUGUAAACCUGUGAUACCACAGAAAGACAACUGCAAAUUGGCAGUCAAAACACACUUCACUGCUCUAACCCAACAGCUACCUGUCCUCACAAACCCUAUUUAGAAAGGAUUUUUCAGAAGGUACUUUGACUUCCUGUGUUAUUCUAAGUUGUGUGCAUAUUUGUGCAUUUCCAGUUAACAGCAUGACAAGUCUUGUGAACUUAUGGAGAAGAUGUUUUUAAAAAAAUGUAUCUUUCAGGAGGAAGCAUCAACUGACAAUCUGACAGGUUGAGUACUUUCAGUAAUUCCUGUAUUUUCCACUUCUAAGGAAACAAUUCAUUUCACAACAUAAGCACUUCUGUUUCCCAUUAGGUAUAGUCAAUAAAAGACACCUGGGGGAAAAAACAAGGAAAAAGGAAAGUAGUAUCACAGAAUAUCAAAGUAGCAAAUAAGAAUGCCAUCAUAUAGAUGACUACUAGUUGUAAUAGGUAAUGUUUUCAUAUUAUUUGUAAAGAAUAUGCAAGAUCUGAGACUAAAAGCUUAAAUUUUUGACCAUUUUUUUCAUCUUAUUCAACUUCUACAUGACAAAGCUGAGCUUGUUUACCAUUUUGUAAGACUCCUAAAAAAUAAGGCCCAUCUGGAAGCCUGCUAACCACAUUCACAGGAUGAAAUAGGAACUUCCUUUUUGUACUGUGUUUUGAAUCAAUGAAGUAAAUAUCAUUAAAUAGUACAGUACAGCACUGUUGCCAUGUUGGGCAGUUAAUGACAGAAGAAACACAGGUUUGGCUUGAAAAGGUACAUGCACAGUGAAAUCUAUUUUAGGACAAAGAAAUCAGAAAUGCAGGCAAAAGUUCCCUUUUCUGGUCUCUCAAAGCAUGCACUGGAAGCAAUGACCCUUUCUGCCUUCCAUGUAACACCCUUGCACCUCAGACUGGCACAUCCUGCAUACUCUGCAUUCAGCACCUCCUCAUCUGUCAGGUUUCCAGCAGCAUCCUCAGCCCAAAACCAUGUGUACAGUGGUAACACUACCUCUUUAAACAUUUUAUUCGACCAGCAACAGGAAUUAUUUUUUUCCUGAAUACUUUUAAAAUAGAUAUUUACAUGGCAAUCUAUUCUAAAGACUAAUUAUCCCCAACAGUUAAUUAAAGACAGCCUGGAACUAA